AUGUGUAAAGUUUUGGUUCUUAUAUCCAACGGUUUCCCGUCCUGUAAAACCUGAGGGGAAUCGUCUGCCUCUGCGUAUGGAAGCGAAAACGGCUAGCAUAGCAGGACUUGCACGGCUGGGUCCUCAAUCUUCUAUGCAUGAAAAGUCCUUCUUUCAUUUAGCGACUUUAUAUUAUCUGGAAAAAGUUUUGGGAUCAACAUCAUGGUUUAUAUACACAGAUUAUGUCGAGGUGCUAAAAGAAAUUUUAUCAACCGGUUUUAAUGCCACUAAGUUUUUCAGAAAGACCGAAUUUACGUAUAUUCAAAAGAAACAGGCAGAGGAAGCCCUAUUCAACGCGUUAGAGGCCAUUGUAUCUGAGAAUGGCGAACAAGCCGUAAAAGCUCAAAGACUGCUCACCAAUUUUGGUGAGAUUGUCAACUCCAUAAAGGCAUUACGCUUUUGGAAUGGUCUCCGCAUUCGCGAAGAGAAAGCUAAUACUCAAAUUGCACAAAUCAUAUUACAAGAAAAAGAAGAACAAAAUGCUUGUCAAAUAAGAUCUAAUAUGUUAAAUGAGCAUAUUCAAGUAUUAGAAAGAAAAAGACGAAAUGCGGACGGUUAUGAAGAAGGAUUAUCAACUCCGCCAACUAAGAUCAGAACAAUCAACUCUCUACCAUGCGAUAAAGAGGAUUUCUCGUCAGACUCCGACUCUGAGAUUAUACCAGUUUCUCUUACGAACAUUUUUGAAACUUCUGUCGAGCUUGAGAGGAUUUCAGACCAGACAGCCGAAUCGGAUGCACCUCGCACUCCCCUCACCAACGAGAAUGCAUCAGCCGAGGUUCAAGACCUUAUCGCAAAGAUGGAAAAUGUAGAUCAUCAUCUUUUUGAAUAUCGUAUUGUCAACCUAUCCGAAAAAAGUCUCGUAGAUCCAGUAAAUAAAGUCUUUUCGGAUGAUGAUAAAAAAAGAAUGAGAAAAUUCUGGGAAGAGAUGGUGCCAUCGGCCAAAGAGAAGCAGAAUACAUUGCGUCGACCUAGGUGGGAAAAGAGUAUCAAGCCUCUAAUUGACAAGUAUGUGCUUGCUGUUGAGGUGAAGCCAGAAUCAGUUUUUGAUGAUUGUGUUCAGCUACCAUCAAAAAUUUUCUUCGAAAUACCAUUCGAGGGCGAGUUUGAUCUCAAAAAACAUUAUGACAUGUUAUGGGUACAAGAUAUCUAUCGGCGAUUCACGUUAUUGUUCGCCUUAUCUUUUAAUAUGCUUCGCGAUGCAAAUACAUUGGAGAUAGCUUACAGAGAAUCAUUU